AUGUUAAGCAGGAGGACGACGGCUGUGCUAGCGCGCGCAUACACGACCGCAUCGGCAUCGACCUCGGCCGAGCCGGCAACACCGCGCCGCCGUCAGAUCAUCGACACAGGGGACGCCGACCUCGUUGCGCCCCCCGACCCACUCUCCAACAUCCGUCCCGUGCUGUAUGCCGCCAAGCGUCGUCGUCGCCCGUCAAACUCGCCGUACUCGGCCGCCGAGUUUCCGGCUGAGGCAGCGGGGAGUGCCGCGCAGAUGCGCGCGCAUGAGCUCGAGCUCACGUUUACAAUGCACCGCGAGCGCGUGGACAUGGGGAACCACCGGUUCUGGGCGGCAAACAAUGCCGACUUUGAGGCCCAACGCGAAGAGCGGCUCGCGCGUCUUCCACCUGCCAGCGACCCGCCAACACCUGAGGACGAGGCGCGCCGCGAGGCAGCGCUGACCCAGUUCUACCGUGACUGGCAGAUCGGCACACGUGGCCGACAGGAGGCAUGGGUGCGCACAUGGUGGCGCGAUGUGUGGGACGGGAUCAAGCUCCAGGGGCGCGUGUAUGUUGCCCAGUGGCGGGCGGGGCUGCGCGGAUAG